CUAACACAUCUCUUUCUUUCCAGAAACUGUGAAAUAUCUCGAUGGGCCGUUGGCCAAUGGUUUUAUUGUAAUUUCCUGCAAACAUCAGCCAUACACCCUCCGGCCUUUAUUUGGAAAAGGAAACACAGACGUUUCCGCCUCUCUCUCAAAUCUUGCAACCUCUUCCCCUUAACCAUUUUCCUGUAAAAGAAAUAACAAGGGCAGCGUUAGGGGGAUUUGAAGGGAUUUUUCUUUUUCGAACAAAUAAUAUACAAAGAUUUGAUAUUUGGAUCAUAGCUGUCUCUAAUGGCUAGCAGAAAACUGGUUCGAGAUUUCUUUCUGUCCAAGCAACUCCUUUUCCAACCGCUGAAAUCGCAACAGGCUGCAAAUACGCGAUUGCGACUGCCGUCAAGAAAUGGGUAUUCGGCUUGUCGUCGAUUCAGUGUUUUUAAUGAGUUCUCCAAGCAAGUAAAGGGAGAAGCUAAAUGUAAUCCAGAUUUCCAAAAGUCAAUCAAGGAGCUGAAGGAGAAAACGGAGGAGCUGAAAGGGGUAAAAGAAGAACUGAAAGUUAGAACGAAGCAGACAACUGAGCAGCUGUACAAGCAUGCGGAUAGCGUUUGGACAGAAGCUGAAGCUACGGCAAAGAAGGUUUCUGCCACUGUGAAGGAGAAGAUAUCUGCUGCCACAGAAGAGGUCAAGGAGACCCUUGGACUUGGAAAGGAGUCUUCAGAAUCCACCAGCACUUCAACUAACUCUGGAGCUGCUGAUACAAAAGAGAGAGGCAAUGACACAGAUGGAAAAGAGAAUUUCCAGCAAUCGGAAUCAAGUGAUGCUAAAGAAACAUUAUUUGGCAGGUUUAAGUCAAGCGUUUCUUCUGCUUCUCCUAAGGUUUCUUUGGCUUUUCAAAAAUUGAAGGAUGCCAAGGUCAUUGACAUAGCAAAGAAGGGUUAUGACAUUGUAAAAGAUGAGUUGAGUGGUAAUCCAAGCAAGAGAAAGCGUAUGCAACAUGCAAAUUCUUCCCCAACAACAGGAGAACGAAGUACAAGAACUGAUAUUGUUAUUGUACCCACAAAGCAGUCACGAUGGGGUAAGAAGUGGGAAUCAUUCAAAGAUAAGAUGCAAGGCCAUCCCAUAUUCAAGCAAAUAAGUGGGAUUAGUGAACCAGUUGUGGCAAGGGGUCAAGAGUUAGCAGAGGACGUGAGGGAGCGGUGGGAAACUAGUGAUAACCCUGUUGUUCACAAAAUUCAAGAUCUUAAUGAAACUGUUUUUGGAGAAACAGCUGCUGCAAUAUCUUUCAAGGAAAUACGUCGUCGUGAUCCAUCAUUUUCCUUGCCAGAGUUUGUAGCUGAAGUUCAAGAAAUUAUCAGGCCAACCCUCAAUGCUUACAUUAAGGGUGACAUUGAAGCACUAAAGAAGAAUUGUAGUCCUGAAGUGAUUGAGCGGUGUAAGGCAGAACAUAGAGCUUAUGAAAGCCAGGGUAUUUUCUUUGAUAACAAGAUUCUACAUAUAUCAGAAGUGGAAGUUAGGGAGACCAAACUGAUGGGAACCUCUCCCAUAAUCAUUAUAGCUUUUCAAACACAGCAGGUCUAUUGUGUGCGAGAUAGACAUGGUUCCAUAACUGAAGGUGGAAAGGACACAAUCCAUACUGUAUACUAUGCAUGGGCUAUGCAGCUAGUGGAUGCUGAGGAGCUUGGGGAAGGUGCUUUCUACCCUAUAUGGAGGUUGAGAGAAAUGCAACAACUUGGUGUUCAAGCUCUCAUAUAGCCAUUAACGUGUCUUGUUGACUUGAUUUGAGGAUUCGCUUCUCUGGGUUUUUGUUUUUCUGCGACCAGGGAGAAUUCAAGAGUAGGUGUUUUUCUCAUAUAAUAAUUUAAUUAGUAAAAUAAAGGUUUACAGAAGUUUUGUUUAAAUAGAAGGAAUAUAUUUAUCUAUUUUGAUUCCUUUUUUUCCCCUUGAAACGGUUUCUCAUUAACCAAAGAAGACAGUUCAUCUGUAGUAAAUCUCUAAACUAAGCACGUAUUUCUUGAGUCCACUUAUUGGUCA